AUGACUGAGAAGUGUAAUUUCCCAUCAAUUAAUGCAAUUAAUAAAUCAGUUCAAAGAAGAUUACCACACUGUCAAUAUGUUGGAGUUUAUAAAAGAAGAAAGUUUGAAGAGAAAAAGAUAAGUAUUAUAACAAAUAAAUUAAAAGGAAGAGUUUUAACCAUUGGAACAAAAGAAAUUGAAUUAGAGAGGAGUGUAUUAACAUUAGAUUUAAAUGAAGAUCAUAUUGAAGAAGAAGAUGCUUUAUUAUGUUUUCGGAUUAUAUCAAAUAAAAAUUAUAUUUUAAAAUUUGAUAAUUGUGAAGACUAUGUAUAUUGGAUGGAACAAAUAGCUGAACUAGCUACAGUAUGGGGAAUGUAUGGAAUUCCUUUAAAAAGUGCUAUAAAAAAGUCACAAUGGAGAGUUCCACUUCCUAUAUUCAGAGCAAUGCAAUACUUAGAAGAACAUAAAGGAGAUGAAUAUGUUGGUAUUUUUCGGAUGAGUGGUAGUACAACAGAAAUGAAGAAAAUUAGAACACAAGUUGAUGGAGAAAAAGAUAUUGAUCCAAUGGAUUUUUGUGAUUGUGUUUUAGCUGCAUCAGUGAUUAAAGAUUAUUUAAGACUAUUACCAAAUCCACUUAUUCCAUAUAAUUUAUAUGAAGAAUUUAUUGAAUUAAGAAAUAACCAUCUUGGUCAUCAAUUUGUAAUUGACUUACCACUAGAAAAUCAAAAUACAUUAUGGUAUAUUUUCUCAUUUCUUCGUCGUGUUUUAGAACAACAAAAUAUUAAUAAAAUGAAUAUUGUUAGUAUAGCA